AUGUCCUCGUGUGGCGCCCUGGGCAACCCAAAAUCCCAGCCGUGACGGGAGCCCGCCUUUUCCCUCUCCCACCGCCACCUAUGUGACUUUGCUCUUUUGUGUUCCAGAAACACCAAAAACCACCACUUCUGUUCCACCACCGGUGCCUACAGGUAAGGGCGCUGAGCCUGCCGAAGGAGCUCUGCUUCUCUCCUUCUCUCCUUCCCCCGUUCCCACGUGUGGUCGCCCCCCUUUCACUUGCUUUCUUUCUCCUUUGCAGUCACCACACCUUCGACAACCAGACCGCCAAGCAGCACGCCGAAAACCACGCCAACCACCUCUCCCUCCACCACAUCCAGAACCACUGCAUCAACUCAGACGGCAACCACCAACACGCCAAAGACCACUGCAACAGCCUCCACACCAUCCACCUCUACGCAUCACCCCAAAAUCCUAACCACCACAACCCCCUCCACCACCACAGAAUCCACUGCGACUAGCACACCAACCCUGACAACCACAACAGCACCCGUGCCCCCCUCAACUCCGUCUCCUCCGAGGCCGUCCACCACAACCACCACCACCUCGCCCACAACCGUUACCUCCACUUCCACCAGCACUCCAGUACCCACUGCCACAACUCUCACGACUGCUCCCCUACCAGCACAGAAACGCCCAGCACUCCGGCCACCACAACUCCUGCAACCACCACCGUCCCAGUUACCACGGGUAAGUCUCCUUGGUCGCUCUGCAGCAGCAGCAGCUUACAAGUCUUUCAGGAGCCCUCUCUUGCCAAAGGGGCAGAGGGAUUGCCACCUCCAGGUCCCACGUAAGCCUGCCCUCCAAAAAGGGCGCGACUCGUCUGGCUCAGUCAUCCGGGAACCUGUUCCUCAUGUCCUCGUGUGGCGCCCUGGGCAACCCAAAAUCCCAGCCGUGACGGGAGCCCGCCUUUUCCCUCUCCCACCGCCACCUAUGUGACUUUGCUCUUUUGUGUUCCAGAAACACCAAAAACCACCACUUCUGUUCCACCACCGGUGCCUACAGGUAAGGGCGCUGAGCCUGCCGAAGGAGCUCUGCUUCUCUCCUUCUCUCCUUCCCCCGUUCCCACGUGUGGUCGCCCCCCUUUCACUUGCUUUCUUUCUCCUUUGCAGUCACCACACCUUCGACAACCAGACCGCCAAGCAGCACGCCGAAAACCACGCCAACCACCUCUCCCUCCACCACAUCCAGAACCACUGCAUCAACUCAGACGGCAACCACCAACACGCCAAAGACCACUGCAACAGCCUCCACACCAUCCACCUCUACGCAUCACCCCAAAAUCCUAACCACCACAACCCCUCCCCCACCACAGAAUCCACUGCGACUAGCACACCAACCCCGACAACCACAACAGCACCCGUGCCCCCCUCCUCACCGUCUCCUCUGUAGCCGUCCACCACAACCACCACCACCUCGCCCACAACCGUUACCUCCACUUCCACCCCAGCACUCCGGCCACCACAACUCCUGCAACCACCACCGUCCCAGUUACCACGGGUAAGUCUCCUUGGUCGCUCUGCAGCAGCAGCAGCAGCUUACAAGUCUUUCAGGAGCCCUCUCUUGCCAAAGGGGCAGAGGGAUUGCCACCUCCAGGUCCCACGUAAGCCUGCCCUCCAAAAAGGGCGAGACUCGUCUGGCUCAGUCAUCCGGGAACCUGUUCCUCAUGUCCUCGUGUGGCGCCCUGGGCAACCCAAAAUCCCAGCCGUGACGGGAGCCCGCCUUUUCCCUCUCCCACCGCCACCUAUGUGACUUUGCUCUUUUGUGUUCCAGAAACACCAAAAACCACCACUUCUGUUCCACCACCGGUGCCUACAGGUAAGGGCGCUGAGCCUGCCGAAGGAGCUCUGCUUCUCUCCUUCUCUCCUUCCCCCGUUCCCACGUGUGGUCGCCCCCCUUUCACUUGCUUUCUUUCUCCUUUGCAGUCACCACACCUUCGACAACCAGACCGCCAAGCAGCACGCCGAAAACCACGCCAACCACCUCUCCCUCCACCACAUCCAGAACCACUGCAUCAACUCAGACGGCAACCACCAACACGCCAAAGACCACUGCAACAGCCUCCACACCAUCCACCUCUACGCAUCACCCCAAAAUCCUAACCACCACAACCCCCUCCACCACCACAGAAUCCACUGCGACUAGCACACCAACCCCGACAACCACAACAGCACCCGUGCCCCCCUCCACACCGUCUCCUCCGGCGCCGUCCACCACAACCACCACCACCUCGCCCACAACCGUUACCUCCACUUCCACCAGCACUCCAGUACCCACUGCCACAACUCUCACGACUGCUCCCCUACCAGCACAGAAACGCCCAGCACUCCGGCCACCACAACUCCUGCAACCACCACCGUCCCAGUUACCACGGGUAAGUCUCCUUGGUCGCUCUGCAGCAGCAGCAGCUUACAAGUCUUUCAGGAGCCCUCUCUUGCCAAAGGGGCAGAGGGAUUGCCACCUCCAGGUCCCACGUAAGCCUGCCCUCCAAAAAGGGCGCGACUCGUCUGGCUCAGUCAUCCGGGAACCUGUUCCUCAUGUCCUCGUGUGGCGCCCUGGGCAACCCAAAAUCCCAGCCGUGACGGGAGCCCGCCUUUUCCCUCUCCCACCGCCACCUAUGUGACUUUGCUCUUUUGUGUUCCAGAAACACCAAAAACCACCACUUCUGUUCCACCACCGGUGCCUACAGGUAAGGGCGCUGAGCCUGCCGAAGGAGCUCUGCUUCUCUCCUUCUCUCCUUCCCCCGUUCCCACGUGUGGUCGCCCCCCUUUCACUUGCUUUCUUUCUCCUUUGCAGUCACCACACCUUCGACAACCAGACCGCCAAGCAGCACGCCGAAAACCACGCCAACCACCUCUCCCUCCACCACAUCCAGAACCACUGCAUCAACUCAGACGGCACCCACCAACACGCCAAAGACCACUGCAACAGCCUCCACACCAUCCACCUCUACGCAUCACCCCAAAAUCCUAACCACCACAACCCCUCCACCACCACAGAAUCCACUGCGACUAGCACACCAACCCCGACAACCACAACAGCACCCGUGCCCCCCCACCACCACCUCGCCCACAACCGUUACCUCCACUUCCACCAGCACUCCAGUACCCACUGCCACAACUCUCACGACUGCUCCCCUACCAGCACAGAAACGCCCAGCACUCCGGCCACCACAACUCCUGCAACCACCACCGUCCCAGUUACCACGGGUAAGUCUCCUUGGUCGCUCUGCAGCAGCAGCAGCAGCUUACAAGUCUUUCAGGAGCCCUCUCUUGCCAAAGGGGCAGAGGGAUUGCCACCUCCAGGUCCCACGUAAGCCUGCCCUCCAAAAAGGGCGAGACUCGUCUGGCUCAGUCAUCUCCUUCCCCCGUUCCCACGUGUGGUCGCCCCCCUUUCACUUGCUUUCUUUCUUCUUUGCAGUCACCACACCUUCGACAACCAGACCGCCAAGCAGCAUGCCGAAAACCACGCCAACCACGUCUCCUUCCACCACAUCCAGAACCACUGUAUCAACACAAACCUCCACAACUAACACACCAAAAACCUCUCCAACUAGUUUGAUUUCUACGGCCUCAAGCAUGACAACACAUUCUCCCAUACAAACAUCCUCUACUUCAAUUCCAUUUACAUCUACUAUUUCUACUACUCCCAUUAUUCCGGUCACAAGCAGUACUCCAUUGUCAUCCAGUACUAAUAUCAUUAGCAUUCCAGUAACUACCCGAACUAGUACUUUGAGUAGUAGUACUCAGUCUUUGAAGACAACCUCCACAUCAUAUACCUCAACUGUAUCUCCUGGUGAGCUUCUAUUUCGAGGAAAUGUUUUUUGGUUGAAUUGUGGUUUUUGUAUUUCUCGAACAUUUACGUUGACUUUAGUCACUGCAUCAUCAUUUUGGAAUUUUGUUCUAGAUUCCCUCCGCUUCUUUACCAUCUGUGCAGAUCCACCCCAUUUUUUAAACUUUUAGUAUCAUACAGGAUAAAUAUCUUUUCACAGGUCACACUUUUCACAGUAUUCUGUGGUACUCUUCAUUCAACAAUGUUUAUAGUUUCUUCUUUUAGGAUUAAUGCUAUCCUUUCUUUUUAGUUCAUUUCUAUUUUAUUUUUCCUUUUGAUCCAGUUUGUUCCCUUUUUUGUUAAUUUUUACAAAUACCUAGGUAGCUGCCUGUUUAGUUCUACAUCUUUUUAGAGGGCACAAUCUAACACAAUAUGUUCCUGGAACAGGAAAGUGCAAAGCAAUAUUUGUUCUCCAUUAUGUACACUAGAACUGUCAUCUUAUAUGAAUCAACACAGAGAUAUAAAUUAAAUGGGCCUUAUUCCCCUGUAUCUGUGUAGAACUGCAGCCUAAAGAUCCUUGUGGGGGAAAGCAUUUGAACGGCUCUGUCCCCAUCCAACAGCCAGAUCACUUGAUUUUCAAACUCAUAUAUUAAAAGAAGGAAAACUUUGGUCUCAAGAUAUUUGAUGGUUGGUGACUUUGGAUGCAAUCCUGAAUUCGCAGAAUGAACAACUUAUUUUCUUUAAAUGGACUCAGGAUUUUACCCAUAUUAUUUUGUUUAUGCAUGUGUUUGUGUUCAGAUAUUUUGCUUUUAUUUUUUCAGUUACAGGCAGCACCCCUAAAAUAACAACUACCACCACAACUUCAAAUCAUAGGUUACUUAAACUAAAUAAAUGGUCAAAAUGUAUAAAAAAAAAUCUCCAGUAGCACCUUAGAGACCAACUAAGUUUGUUCUUGCUAUAAGCUUUCGUGUGCAUGCACACUUCUUCAGAUUUCGUGCAUGCACACAAAAGCUUAUACCAAGAACAAACUUAGUUGGUCUCUAAGGUGCUACUGGAGAAUUUUUAAAAUUUUUAAUACAUUUCGACUGCGUCAGACCAACACAGCUACCUACCUAAAUAAAUGGUCUAAGUGAAAGUGGUUGCCUUCCUAAGGCUAUAGUCACCUGCAUACGUUUCAAUGGGAAUAAGCCCAUUGAAACCAUUGGCACCUUGUUCCAAGAAAAGUAUGCUUAGACAUGGGUUGAAGUACAGAUAAGUUCUUCGACUUGCGAGCUACCCUUUCACAUAUGUCAAAAUGUUUUAAAUGUUCUUUAACAAUAAAAAUCAAAUUAAUUCAUUUAUAAUGGUUAAAAUAACUGAUUUCACAAAAUUGUCACCAUACAUGGAUUUACAAACAGCAUUAAGGAAGGCCAUAUACCUGCUCCCAUAAGCAUGAAAACCUAAAGUAGUACAGACUCUAAAAGAACCAUAGCACUCAGCUGAGACUGAACAGGGGAUACAACUGAUAAAGAAAUGUAUUAUCCCUUUUCACUGGAUUCAAUAUCAGCAGUUUCCAGAUGACAAAAAAUACCAAUCAUCUAUAUUGCCAUAAGAUGAUUCACCACAUUUACAGUGCUGCUUGUAUAUUAACUGUUUUAUUUCAUGUCUUUCAGGGAAGUGUGAAUCUGUUGAAUAUGAAGAUCAAGUGGUUUACAAGGGUUGUGUUGCAAAUGUCACUUUGACUCGCUGCGAAGGAAUGUGUCCAACAUCAUCAAGGUGAGUAUGAAUCGGUGUCAAUUUGGCCAGCCACUAUGACUUUUGUCUUAUUACAUAAUCAAAAGUAAUAAUCUGUAAAUAUUACCAAAGUCAAUUAUUUCCAUUGCUGUACAGCAGCUAGAUAUUAUAUAGUACAUUGCAUUUCAUUAUCCUAUAUUGCAUUUCUUUUUUAAGAUAUAGUAUAUAACUUGCUUUAACCUAGUGAAUGAUCGGUUCUGGUACUAAUAUUCCCAGUUAUGGUUCUGCCAUUCCUGUCCCAAAAUCAAAUCCUACAGAGGUACAGUUCACAUUAUUGUUUAUUGAUUUAAAAGAUGUGGGACCUCCAUUUAAGAAGUCCUGUUUGUGAACGAUUCGGUUUAUGAACUCCACAAAACCGGAAGUAAUGUUCCAGUUUGCGAACUUUACCUUAGUCUGUGAACGGAAGCUGAAUGGUAGAAGGGCACUGGUGGCAGGAGGCCUCAUUAGGGAAAGCGCGCCUCAGUUUAAGAAUGGUUUCGGUUUAAACAUGGACUUCCGGAACAGUUCGUAAACCAAGGUACCACUGUACCACCUUUCAUCAACAAAUCCCAGCAUAAUUUACAACUUGUUAAAACAAUCUGGUAUCAAUAAGUAUUAUAAAAACCACAAAGCAGUACAAUGGUGCUUGCAAUAGCAGGAUGGAGGGCAAUAGUAUUCUGUUCAACAUCUCUUGCUCUUGGUAAUUUCUGAGAUACUCCAGAUCUAUAGCUUUGUAUCUUCAGGGUUUUGCUGCUGAACAGGGGUGGGGUGACAUACCCUCAUGGGUGAACUUCUGGGGAGCCACAUGUGGAUGAUAGGUGGGGCCAAGGCCCAAAAUGGGCAGCUUCAAAGCCACACACACAAACACAGAAAUCCAUACAUACACACGCCUAGGACCUUCUCCCAGAUGAAGGGUAUUUUUAUCCCCAACCGCUCCACUGCCCUGCCCCUCACCCACCUGGCAAGUGGAAAUGCUGCUGCUGUUGGGAGGUGAGGAACAUGGCGUUCCCCCCUCCUCAUUGGCUACUCCUGAGAAUGGCAGGGAGCGAGGCUAACUUGUGCAACCCCCUCACAUAAUAAAACAUCAAACAUUAAAAACAGUUGGCAGUUCUUGCAGGUUUAUCGGGGUGUCAUAUGAGCCAAUUGCACAUUUUUAGAUGUUUUAUUAUGUUUUUAUAUUUUGCUGGAGGCCAUCCAGCCAGAUGGGCAGGGUAUUAUUAUUAUUAUUAUUAUUAUUAUUAUUCCUCUCUUUUACAGGCUAAAUGUUGCCAAGAUGAUGGUACACACAGAGUGUGGGUGCUGCAUGCCACUCACACUCUACAAGAAGGAGCUGACGAUGCCUUGUCCAGACCCAGAGAACCCACAUAUGCCACUUGUUACAGAAAUCAUCCUAUUUGGUGGCUGCGUAUGCAACUACAAUGGAUGUACACAUGAGGCAGACUCGGCUUCCUCAACCGUACAGGGAUUGUUUAGAAAAUAAUGAUCGGUUAUUACUUACUUUGCAAAAAGACAUUUUACACUCAAAAUCCCUUCGUUCAUAUGGAUUUAUCCAAGCUUUGGGAAGGCAGGCAGAGUAUACUUCCAAGAAGACUGGUACUGAUAACAUCCUUGGCUAAUUUAUUCAUCAUUUCAGAUGGAAUAAAUAUCUGCCUUGCUCAGAAACUUUCCACCAAGCAACGUCUACCGGACUAUGUAUUGUAAAAUAGUUAAAUAGGUUUAAUAAAGAGUUUAGUUGGUCAUUCUCA